UUUGUCAUAAGCAAGGGCGCAACGACUAGGGAAGGUGUGUCCCACAGCUCCGCAGGCUGGAACGCGAGCCGGGAGGCCUGGACCGGCUACUGGACCGAGAGGCACUUCCGAAGAUGAGCGCCUGCUUCUUCCCAGCCUCCCGGCUGUUACCCUUUUAAAUGUCAGCGUUCGGGGCUGUAGGAGUAGCACGAGGCAUCGAAACGGAACAGUCGGAUUGGCCGCACGCCUCAGUUCUAGACGCACCUCUCCACCGACAGGCCGUUCUGACUGGCAGGGGGAGAAAGUAAACAGAGUUGAAUCACCCUCCCCACUGGCCAAUUGGAGGGGGUUUGGAUUGUGACGUGAUGGGAUUCUGCGAAAUUGUUACUGAGCAAGAGAAUGCCGGAACGGUGCGGACCGGCAAGCGCAGGGGCUCCGAAGCCGUCCGUGGACUGGGGGAAAAGUAUCUCUUAGACCUGGCACUGGGUCCGGCCCUUGCCACCUGCGUCGGGGUGAUCGGGUGAAUGUCCUGGGGCUUUGGCUCGACGGAGAGGCGGCCGAGGGCGUGUACCUCUCUUGCAGUUUCCUCUCCCAGCGCCUCGGGGGCGUUUUCAGUCGAAUAAACUUGCGACCGCCACGUGUGGCAUCUUUCCAAGGGAGCCGGCUCGGAGCAGCCGGCGCGCCCGUCGGGGGGAUCGCGCCCGGCGCGGGGCACGGGCGGCGGCGAGCGGCGGCAGCGCGGCGGAGCCCGGGGCCCUGGAUGCUGCGUGCGGAGGCGCUGCCGGUUACGUAAAGAUGAGGGGCUGAGGUCGCCUCGGCGCUCCUGCGAGUCGGAAGCGCCCCGCGCCCCCGCCCCCUUGGCCGCCGCGCCGCGCCUCGCUGCGCUCGUCGUCCGAGGCCAGGGCAGGGCGAGCCGAACCUCCGCAGCCACCGCCAAGCUUGGCCGCGCCGCCGGGGCUGCCGUCGCCCGCACCAUGUCCGCGGCCGCCUAUAUGGACUUCGUGGCUGCCCAGUGUCUGGUUUCCAUUUCGAACCGCGCUGCGGUGCCGGAGCAUGGGGGCGCUCCGGACGCCGAGCGGCUGCGACUACCUGAGCGCGAGGUGACCAAGGAGCACGGUGACCCGGGAGACACCUGGAAGGAUUACUGCACGCUGGUCACCAUCGCCAAGAGCUUGUUGGACCUGAACAAGUACCGGCCCAUCCAGACCCCCUCGGUGUGCAGCGACAGUCUGGAGAGUCCGGAUGAGGAUAUGGGAUCCGACAGCGACGUGACCACCGAAUCUGGGUCGAGUCCUUCCCACAGCCCGGAGGAGAGACAGGAUCCUGGCAGCGCGCCCAGCCCGCUCUCCCUCCUCCACCCUGGAGUGGCUGCGAAGGGGAAACACGCCUCCGAAAAGAGGCACAAGUGCCCCUACAGUGGCUGUGGGAAAGUCUAUGGAAAAUCCUCCCAUCUCAAAGCCCAUUACAGAGUGCAUACAGGUGAACGGCCCUUUCCCUGCACGUGGCCAGACUGCCUUAAAAAGUUCUCCCGCUCAGAUGAGCUGACCCGCCACUACCGGACCCACACUGGGGAGAAGCAGUUCCGCUGCCCGCUCUGCGAGAAGCGCUUCAUGAGGAGUGACCACCUCACGAAGCACGCCCGGCGUCACACCGAGUUCCACCCCAGUAUGAUCAAGCGGUCAAAAAAGGCUCUGGCCAACCCUUUGUGAGGUGCUACCCACCGAACCCAGGGAGGGAUGGACCCCAGAAAGACAAAACUACUCCCAGCAAACAGACAGACACAUGGAAACUACGCCCCAGAAGAGGCACGCUGCCAGCACAGGAAGUCACUGUUCUUUGGCCAAUAUUCUGAUUUUCGUCUCCCUGCAUUGUUUUUAAAAAGCACAUUGUAGCCUAAGAUCAGUCAACACUUGGUCCCCUUGCAGAGGCAACUCUGAACUGUCUCUGUUGGCAGGAAGGCAAAUGCCUUUUUUUUCUCCUAUUUUUUUUUUGUGGGGGGUGGCGGGUGGGGGGAA